AUGAGAAGUGAGCGUUGUGGUGAAGCGUUACUUCCACCUUCUGCUUUUAUUGUUACCACUUCUGAUAAACAUUAUUCUUCGAGAGAUUUGGUUCACUAUGAUAUGAAAGGUACUAUCAACUCGACAAUCAAUGAUAAAGGCUGUGAGAUGUUGAUAAUGGAUUCAAAUUUGACUGAAUUAGCUUGGAAUUCAACUGAUGUAAGCUAUUCUAAACAUUUUGAAUUAGACAAGUUAGAUGAAAAAAAAUCUGAUCAUAUCAACAAACUUGUACAUACUUUAAUGAAAGAAAAUGCAUAUUUACUACACAGUCGUACAGACGCUUUGAAUCAACUAAAUAAACUACGAGCAUACAUUGAAUUGGGUAAAACCUCAUCUGAAAAUGCGUUCAAUAUAGAUUUACAAGAACCAUCACAUAAAUGUAUAUGUGAUACAGAACUCUUGGAAAAGUUGAAAUAUUUAGAAAAUAAAAAUUCUCAAUUAAGUCAUGAACUUGAACAGACUAAUAUUCGAAUGCAUAGUUUGCAGGCAAUUUUGGAAAUUCAGGAGAAGCAGUUAUGUAAUAAUAAAAGUGAUUAUAAAAUUCUUGAUACUAAUUAUGAAUCAGAGAAAGUGGAAAGAUUACUUAAUACAUGGCGUAGACAUGUGUUACGCUUACUUAUUGAAAUAGAAAAUCUUAAAAGUGAAAACUCAUAUACUAUAGCCAAAUCAAAACGUGACUAUGAAAGGCUAUCUUCAGAAUUGGAGUCAUUAAAAGCGAAUCUAGAGGAAAGUGAAUUUAAACUAAAGGCUAGGGAUGCUACAUUGGAUAUCGAACAAAAUAAAAGACAGGGAUUAGAAAGAGAUCUGAAAGAUUUGAACACUAAAUUGUCAAUAACUCAGUCGAAUAUGAAAAAAUCACAGGAAAACUACUUUGAAUUCACUUCAAACACUAAGAAUCAAUUAUGUCAAAUUUUAAAGCUUAUACAAUCAUUUAUGAAUAUUUCAGAAACAAAUAUUAUAGAUCAACAAUUCCAUGAGCCUACAACAGUCUAUUCAAUCUUCCAUCGUCUUCGACAAUUAGAAAGACGAUUAAACUUUGCCAAUUCUCGUCUUCCUUUAUUACGUACUCAUCUGUUAUUAUUAUUACAUAACAAGUCAAAGAAUAUAAUCACAAGUUUCACAGACCAAUCAAUACAAACUGACUGUGGACUAAAAUUUUGGAUUGAGAAUAUAUUAUCUGAGUCAGAAAAAGAAGAAAUUAUUACACAGGCUCAAAAUGAAGCAUAUCAAGCUAUUAGAGAACGUGAUCAAGCGUUAGAACAAUUAUCUGAUUAUGUUAAAUCAUUCGAUGAACGUGUUCAUAAUGCUGAGAAAGCAGUUGAAACAGAACUAUGUAAUCUUCGAGAGGAAAACAGAAUUCUGAAUAUGUCUUUGCACGAGGAACAAAAGAAAUUUAAGGAAUGCUCAGAUCAUUUACAAAAUGAAAAAUUAGCCUAUAAUGAUGCCAAACAAAAGUAUACAGAUGAAAAUACACUUUUAAAAGUUGAACUAACUGAAACACAAAUGAAACUUACUAAAGCUUUAUCAGAAUUGCGUCGUACUGAACGUCGUAUUGAUCGAGAGAUUAAUGAAAGAAAGCAGCAAAUAAAUGAUAUGGAAAAUAAUUACAAAUCAAAAAUUCAAACUUUAGAAAAUGCACUUCAUUCAUUCUAUCCAGAAUCUUAUCAUUGCUAUGAUAAUAUACCAAAAUCAUCAGAUAUUAUUCAAAAUAUGACAAAACCAAUUAUACCUACAUUUGCAAAUCAUAUUGAUGUUGAUCAAUCAAUACGUAAACUUGAUCAACUAAUUAAUCGAUUCAAUAGUGACUUAUCAUCAUCAUCAUCAAGUGAUUUAGAAGAUGAAAAAGUUGUUGAUAGAUAA